AUGUCUGAAGAUGCUAACGGGCCGUACGUCGGUCCAAGCGGUCAAGUCCGACCGGCUAUGAAUCAGGAAGAAUUCGAUGCAAAAUUCGCUUAUAAAGCACCAGCAGAGAGUCUUUCCAAGUCAAGACUUAAGAAAUUUAUUCGACGUUAUUAUUCAUCGUUUUUAUCGCUAGAGACCUUUGUGAUGUCGGUGAUCAGUUUCAUUCCGAUAAUCGGUUGGAUGCCGAAGUACUCGAUUCGUGAGAACUUCAUUAUGGAUGUGGUUGGUGGCCUAACGGUCGGUAUAAUGCAUGUGCCUCAAGGUAUCGCGUACGCUUCAUUGGCUCACGUAGAUCCAGUUGUCGGUUUAUACACAUCGUUUUUCCCACCUCUUUUGUAUAUGAUUUUUGGAACAUCGCGACAUAAUUCGAUAGGUUCGUUCGCUGUUGUAAGCCUGAUGGCUGGCUUAGCAGUCGAUCGUCUCGUCAACGAAUAUAACUCGGCAGAUGACAUUAACUUAAUGCAACAAAAUAUCACUGAACCAACCCCAAAAUUAACAUCGGUUGAAGUGGCAUCGGUUCUUACAUUCACGAUUGGAUUGGUUAAUAUUCUAAUGGGCAUGUUACAUCUCGAAUUCAUCACGACAUAUUUCUCGGAUCAAGUCGUUUCCGGCUUUUCGACUGCAGCCUCAAUGCAUGUUUUUGUGUCCCAAUUAAGGGAUAUCUUCUCGAUUCACGGCCUUCCAAAACGAACUGGCUUUGGACAGCUCUUCCUUCGCGUGUAUGACAUUCUGUCACAUAUACACAUGUCGAAUCCAUACACUGUAUUGAUUGCUGUGUUAUCUAUCGCAUUCCUUUUGAUAGGCAAAAUAUUCAUUGCAAAGCUGGUAAAGAGAAAAUUCAAUUGCUCACUGCCGAUACCUUUCGAGUUGAUUCUGGUGAUAAUUGCAACGUUUCUAUCGGCUCUGCUUCACCUUCAUAGCAAUUGUCGAAUACGUAUUGUGAGUCAUAUUCCAAGCGGACUGCCAUCACCAAAACUACCUCGAUUCGAUUUAAUACCUCAGCUGAUCGCUGAUUCGUUCGGUAUUGCUGCAGUCAUUAUUGCUAUUCAUAUAUCUCUAGCGAAAAUGUUCGCCAAAAAACUCGACUACGAAAUCGAUGCAGGACAGGAACUCUACGCGAUCGGUUUUACGGCUGCAGUAUCAAGUUUCUUCCCCGUAUAUCCAAUGGCAUGCUCCCUUGGUCGAACUCUGGUGAAUGUUUCGGCCGGAACGAAGACUCAGCUUUCGGCGAUAUUUUCAAGUGCUCUCUUGUUUGCUGUGAUCAUCUUUUUUGGACGAUACCUCAGAACUUUGCCAAUGUGUGUCUUAUCUGCGAUCAUCAUUGUGGCGCUCAGAGGAAUGUUCCAAAAAUUCGGUGAACUGAAGCGUUUGUGGCCACUGUCUACCAUUGAUUUUUUGAUUUGGUUGGUCAGUUUCACCGCUACCGUAGUUUACGAUGUUAUGCAAGGCCUUAUCAUAUCGCUGGCAUUCGCAUUGAUGACUACUGUAUUUCGUACGCAAUGGUCACGAUGGCAUCUUCUAGCGAAUUUAGAGGGAACAAACGAUUAUCGAGAUUCAGAGCGCUAUCACGCUGUUACUAACUACGAUGUAGGCGUUUGUGUGUUUCGUUUCGACUCACCACUGUUGUUCACAAAUGUGGAACGUUUUAAGCGUAUCAUUUAUAAGGUACUGAAACAGUGGAGGGUGGAAAGACCUUCGAUCCUUUUUCCACAUGGUCAGUACCCUAAUGACGUUUCAAUACAAUGCACAAAUGCAUCACGUGUCCUCCCAGAACAGAAAGACACUCGUGCAGCAGUUGAAAUGCAUCCUUCACGACAUUUCAUCAUCGACUGUUCUGGCUUUACUUUCGUCGACUUUAUGGGUGUCAAUGCGAUCAAAGAGAUAUUCGCUGAAAUGCGCUCUGAACGAGUUCUGGUCUAUUUUGCUGCGGCUAAAGCGCCAGUUCGCGAACUAUUCGACUCGAGUGGUUUUCAUCGAUUCGUUCCAAAAGAGAAUUUCUAUCCGACAAUACGUGACGCUGUCAGUAUUGCACGGCAACGACAAAGGCUAUCGAUACAACCAAAACAACUUUCUGAGUUAUCUUAUGACCCUGUAAAAGAGAUGGAGCAAACACAUCCACGCAACUAA